AUGUGGCAGCGUGGCUACUCGCAAAGUGAACAGCAACAGCAACAGCAACAGCAACAAUCCAAACCAGCAUACUACGCUUAUCCUGCCAACGGACAUCCAUCCCCUCCUCCUUCGUCGUCAUCUUAUUCUCCUCCGCAGAACAUGAUGUCUCGACGAAAUCCCAUCGAAGGGCCCCCGGGUUACCAGCUUCGGCGCAGAGUCACAUGGCGCUCGUCUGCGUACAAGAUUGUCGCGUAUCUCUAUGUGCUCGGCAUUCUGUAUAUUGUGUGGCUGAUUCGUGAUCUUUUCUGGCUGCCAUUCUCAUCUUCUACUCCUUCCAACGGCAAUGGCAAUGGUAACCCCAAUGCCCACCCGCCGAAGUAG